AUGACGUACAUUUAUCGGAAUAACGCCGGCCGCUUCCGCCUCGAGCCUGGAGUCCACACAUUUCUUCCACCAACAGUUUCCGCUCCUGGCCUUAAUGCAAAUUUGUAUAUUCCAUCAACUUCCUCCUCUUCAUCCACUUGGCGUCCGGCUCGAGGGUUCUUUUCUGGCCCCGCAGCAGCUGACUCUAGAGAUUUCUUGUUGCAAAGUUCUUCUCUCCAAGAGAGCUGUCCGAGUAUCAACCUGCUCUCGAGCAGUGGAAUUCGAAAUUCCGUCACGACGCCAGCUGCACUCAGGAAGCCGCACAGCUCCUCAGCUCCCAGCGAAGGGAUCACAGGCGUGGAACCAGCAUUUUCUCCACCUAUUCACAUGCUACGCAUCAUGAGGAAAAGAAGUACGAGUAGGAGGCCGCCAUCGUUGUCUGGUGGUGGACCUGUUCAUCUCGAAAAUCCAGAGCGGGAGACAAGGUGGUACUUCAAAUAUUUCCUGGGAAAAGGUGACUUCUCAUUUAAUACUUUUUGGCAACUGCGUACCCACCAGAUUUACUGUGGUAACAUAUCGGAGAAAGACCCCUUGCUCUUGGCGGUAGUAAAAUCUGAGUUUGAAGCUGAGGGUCUUCGUCAAUACCGCGCAAUACUAUGGACGAACCUCUUUGACAUUUACAGACUUGAAAAAGGUCUAAAAGAAAUUUUGCACUAUGAAGUUCAGAAAGAGGUCCUUACUCUUGAGGAGCAGGAGGGAUCCGUGAAUUUCAAAUUCGGAGUUUUGUACUGCAAAGAAGGCCAAACAUCAGAUGAGGAGAUGUAUAAUAAUGAAAACGGGAGUUCACAGUAUCAGGCAUUCCUACGGCUUCUUGGGGAUAGAAUAACACUGAAGAACUGGGAUCGCUUCAAAGGUGGUCUUGAUGCAAAGACCGAAACGACUGGUACUGAAUCAAUAUACACAAUAUACGAGGGGCAUGAAAUAAUGUUUCAUGUCUCCACCUUACUCCCCAUUUCAACGGACAAUCGCCAGCAGGUCAUUAGUAAUCGUGGAUACCUUCAACCAAAAGCCAAACAUUCGCUCUUUAAGCAUCAGAUUGAAAGGAAACGUCACAUCGGGAAUGAUAUCGUGAAUAUCAUAUUUUUUGACGCGAGCGAUGUGGAAAAGCCGUUGUCAUGGGGGCCGUCAAUGAUGAAAACACACUUCACGCGUAUCCUUUGA